CAGGGCGCAUGGCCAAUGCUCAAAGCAUGAAACCUCUAUGUUAUUCUCGAUUCCUUCCCGAGUUUUCAUCCUUUUUCAUUUUUUCUCUGCCUACCAUAAAAUUGUUUGUCUUCCAGAAAUUUACGUAUUUUCCUUUUCGUUUCCUCGAAGUAUCUUUCGAUUUUUAUUGACGCAUGCUUCCAAAUUUACUUGCUCUGUAUCAGGAAGAGUUGUCUUCGGAAUUUUCUACCAAGGCGGAAAGUGUAUGAGUCCGUCAUCUGUGUCUCAUCCCACAAAUCGAUUUUAUUUUCUGAGGUGCGCCGAAUUGGCGAUAGAGAUAGAGGCAAUCAUGGAUUAUGAAGGUAACGGUUGGAUUUGGGACGGGGUGUCCUGCAGCCCACAUCUAUUUGGUGGACUAAUGCUCACAGCUGCCUUGCUGGGACUUUCAUCUAGUUAUUUUGGAGGGAUUGGGGUUCCUUCUUUGCCAUACUCCUGGUCUGGCUUAGGAGUUUUCCGCAAAAAGAGAAGUGGGAAAAAGUGCGUUCGGGUUUAUAUGGAUGGGUGUUUUGAUCUGAUGCAUUAUGGCCAUGCUAAUGCUCUCAGACAAGCAAAAGCUCUUGGGGAUGAAUUAAUUGUAGGUCUUGUUAGUGAUGAGGAGAUCUUGGCCAAUAAAGGUCCGCCUGUUCUGUCUAUGGAGGAGAGGCUGGCCCUUGUGAGUGGAUUGAAGUGGGUGGAUGAAGUUAUAACUGAUGCUCCCUAUGCAAUCACUGAGCAAUUCAUGAAUCGUCUCUUUCAUGAGUACAAAGUGGACUAUAUCAUACACGGUGAUGAUCCUUGCUUACUUCCAGAUGGAACAGAUGCUUAUGCCUUGGCAAAGAAAGCUGGCCGUUAUAAGCAAAUUAAACGUACCGAAGGAGUUUCCAGCACAGAUAUCGUAGGAAGAAUACUUUCUUCUCUGGGAGAUGCUAAAGUCUGCAAGGAUCACAAUGGCACUGACGCAAGGCUUGAAGAAGAAAGUCAGAUGAAGGGUGCUCACUUAGCCCAUUUCUUACCAACUUCCCGACGCAUUGUCCAGUUUUCAAAUGGCAAGGGGCCUGGACCAAAUGCUCGUAUUGUUUAUAUUGAUGGGGCAUUUGAUCUCUUCCAUGCAGGGCACGUUGAGAUUCUUAAGAGGACUCGGGAGCUUGGAGAUUUUCUUCUAGUUGGUGUCCACACUGAUGAGACUGUGAGUGAACAUCGAGGGAGCCACUAUCCAAUUAUGCAAUUACAUGAACGUAGUCUCAGUGUGCUGGCUUGUCGUUAUGUUGAUGAAGUUAUUAUAGGUGCACCUUGGGAAAUUACAAAUGAUAUGAUUACAACUUUCAAUAUCUCCCUAGUUAUUCAUGGCACAGUCGCAGAAAAGUCACAAAAUAGUGAUAUUGAUCCAUACAAGGUACCCAAGAUGAAGGGAAUAUUCCGGUUACUUGAUAGCCCAAAGGAAAUAACCACUACUUCAGUGGCCCAAAGGAUAAUGGCCAGCCAUGAAGCUUACAAGAAACGCAAUGCUAAGAAGGCUACGAGCGAGAAGAAAUACUACGACGAGAAAAAAUAUGUUUCAGGAGACUAGCUGGAUAUGUAUGUAAACAUGUUGCAACUUAGUUUGGCGCUGCACUUUGACUUACCUUCAUCACAGUUGGCGAGGAAUCUAGUACGCGUCUUUUGGAAGGACGAGUUCAGAGGAUGAUACUGCAGGAAGAGGUCCUCACUAGGACGUUGGGGAACCACCAUUUUUUUCCAUUUUAUUUAUGAGUAGCUUCCAUGGUGGCAUGCCUUCUCCCAUGUCCGUGGAAUUGGAUUUUUGUUUUGGUUUUGUUGUUUUGAAAGGAAAAAAAAAGGAGGGGGGGAGACCAGGGUUUGCCCAUUUGAAGUUUAAACAAAAAAAAAAAAAAUUGAUUAGUACAAGUUUUGAAUUUUGAAUGCAAGGACUAUUUUUCCCUGCUAUUCGAUUGGCUGUGUUAAAAACGAUGCAUUUCUAGAUGUCAGGAGUCGAAGACACAAGUUCCUAGUUA